GUAUGUACAGGUGGUUCUUGAUCAUUGUGCUGUACAUUCUCAACCACAUGCAUAAUCAUCAUGGACACGACCUUUGCAAUGAUCAAGCCUGAUGCCGUAGAGUCUGCAAGUGAUAUCAAGGAACUCAUCCGUCAGCAGAACUUUCUCAUUGUUCAGGAGAAACAAAAGCAGCUGACGGAUGCAGAAGCCCGGGAGUUCUACGCGGAACACAGUGGAAAACCAUUCAUGGAGGAGCUGGUGGCGUAUGUGACCAGUGGUCCAGUGGUGGCUUUGGCCCUGCUCCUGCCGACGCCCAUCAGCAGCACCAUCACUCCUGAUCCUGACGAGGACAACAACAAGGACCAGCAGCAGCAGCAGCAACAACAGGCCAAUGACCAUCAGAUGAGCCAGGCUGUGCGACUCUGGCGGACCAUGUUGGGUCCCACGGAUGUGGCCCGAGCCAGAGACGAGCACCCUGACUCCAUCCGGGCCAUCUUUGGCACAGGGCCCGGGAAGAACGCGGCCCACGGCAGCGACUCUCCAGAGAGUGCACGUCGCGAGCUUGGAUUCUUCUUCCCGGAACUGAAUGUGGAGGAUUUCCUGAAUGCUGCCUGCCCAGACAAUGGCGUUAUGACCAAGGAAUUUUCUGACAUUCUGUCGGAGGGUCUUCAGGAAGCUGCCAGGGAAAAACCUGAGAACCCAAUAGUCUGGCUCGCCAACCGGCUUGGGAACAGGGCUCCAACCUCUUGA